CGGAUGAGGCUGCCAUUCUCCAAGAGGAAAAAAACAAGAAGAAAUCCCUGCAGUCAGAACAACAGCUGAUGCAGUUGACACAGCAGCUGGCCCAGACGGAACAGCACCUCAACAAUCUGAUGACCCAACUGGAUCCCCUUUUUGAGCGGGUGACUACUCUGGUGGGAACCCAGCGGGAACUCCUCAACAUGAAGCUCAAGACCAUCCACCAGCUCCUGCAAGACUGCAACCCUGACUUGAGUGUGCACAUUCCGGGCAAACGAUCGGGAGGUGAUGGCUUGGAGACAGAGGCCGGGAAACUGGAACAAGCUGAUCUUUCCCUCACAAAGGCCACCAUACCCUUUCCCAAGCACUUGGGGAAAGAGGACCAACAAGGAGCUGGAGACUGUGAGGCCUGGGAGGGGCCCAUAAACUGGAGCCCAGAUUCAUGGAACCUAGCUCCUUCCUGGGAGGUAGAGCAGGGGCUGAGGCGAAGAUGGCACAAGACUGUGACAAAGGACCCAGCAAGGAAUGGGGAACAGCCACUGAAGGGUUAGUAAAACCAAGCCUCCGUGUCCUGGGUCUUCCUCUGUGCUUUGCUGCUCCCAGCCAGUCAUACACAGGAAUACUAGGUACGUAAGCCAACUAGGCCUCCCAGAAAAGGUUCCCUUAUUAGGAAAAGAGACUGCCUUUCAGAAUUGGGAGAAGACAGAGGGAGCUACAGUUCUUCCCCUGUAUUCCUGAGGCUACUUAUGUGCUAGCCAUCAAGCCUUUUUCUCAUGGGUUGGACAGAAAGGUUUUUCCAAAAACACAACAAAACAGCACUUUAUUAAAACUCUACUAAAACAAAA